GGUCUCAGCCUCCACUCACCCCCAUUUCCCCCCAGACCUACGGCAGUGGGAUGCGCCCCCCCCCCAGCUCGCUGGCCGGCCCCGGCAUGCCCACCAUGAACAUGGGUCCCGGUGGCCGCGGGCCGUGGCCAAACCCCAAUGCCAACUCUAUCGCCUACUCCUCCUCAUCCCCCGGGAACUACGUGGGUCCUCCCGGUGGCGGCGGCCCCCCCGGCACCCCCAUCAUGCCCAGCCCCGGUGACUCCACCAACUCCAGUGAGAACAUGUACACCAUGAUGAACCCCAUCGGGCCGGCGGGGACCCGGCCAAAUUUCCCAAUGGGGCCGGGGCCGGAGGGGCCCAUGAGCGGGAUGAGCGCAAUGGAGCCCCAUCACAUGAACGGAUCCUUAGGUGGGUGCCCCCCCCCAGCCCCAAAUCCAU